AACAGCUUAGAUACACUCAAAGACAUUCUAAAAUACGGUGGAGAUAUCUCACUCCCAGAUGUCAACGGAACCACAGCUUUGCACAGAGCAGUCUCAGAAGGAAACGUGGAGAUUGUGAAGUUCUUGUUAGAGCAAAGAGCUGACAUGGACAAGCCAGAUGUUUAUGGUUGGACGGCUCGUGGUCUUGCUGAGCAUCAAGGACAUGAAGAUAUCAAAGCUUUGUUUCAUAAUCAGAGACCAGUGGAGAAGAAACAGAACUUUGUUUAUGGCACACCAGAGGUUAAAUCAUUGAUGAAACAUUGCAGCGAGCCUGUAAUGAUUUACCACCGUAUAAGGGAAGCAAUGCCGCCUAUCUACCGAGCUGUUUCUCAGAGACGGAAGCCAAGUAAUUUCAAGAACUCUCUGUUUGGUAUCAUGUCUGCUGCCAACACUGGUGAGGAAGGUGGGGCAUCUACCAGAACUGCAGCAAUAAGUGAAGGGGGAGCAGGUGUGGUUUAUCCGGCGAGAGUGACGAUCAGUGGUGAGGUUUCCUCCUCGGGUAAACUAGUAAAGCUACCGGGUUCUCUUGAAGAGUUAAUUGAAAUUGGUGAGAAGAAGCUGGGAUUCGUAGCCACAACGAUUCUGAGCAGAGAAGGAGCCGAAAUCGACGACAUCAGUCUUAUAAGAGACGGUGAUUUUCUCCUUCUUCUGGAGGUUUCUUGAUAAUCACGCAAGUUUAAAAAGUUAAACAUGUAAAGCCCUAAAGGGAUUGGGUUUUAUACUUUUGAGCCAUUAUAAUGGGAUUCAUAAAAUCAUCUAUGUCAAGAUUUUAUGAUCAUGAAAC